GGGUGCUACCGGUAAGCGGCGGAGGGAGCCAGCCAGCCAGGAGUGAGUGAGUGCAGCCGGGCACCCCGGCAGGAGAAAGUAGCCUGGAGAUGGCCGCAACGCCCGGGGCCACAGCUUGGCGGGCCUCCCCUGUGUACUCGCAGAAAAAUCUCACAUCAAAGAAAAAAUAUGAAUUCGAAGAUAUUUUGGAAGAGCGACGGCAGUCCAGUGAUCUCAGAUACGCAAUGAAAUGUUUUACCCCUGUUGUUUAUAAAGAUCUUUCUCCCUGCAAGCCAAGUGCCAUUAAAAGUAUUGUUCUACAGUCUGAACAGGUUCAGUAUGUCAUCAGGCAGCUAUCAAGAGAGACUGGUGAAUCCCUUGAUAUUAUACAAGAAGAGGCAGCAGAAAUUCUGGAUGAGAUGGGACACAGCUUGCAUAUGGGAGCUAUUCGUUUUUUUGCUUUCACUCUGAGCAAACUCUUUAAAUGCCUUUUCAAGAGCGUGUAUGUAAAUGAAGAUGGUAUGCAAAAAUUACAACAGGCAAUCCAAGAACAUCCCGUUGUCCUGUUGCCCAGCCAUCGAAGCUACAUUGAUUUUCUCUUACUGUCCUAUGUGUUAUAUAACUAUGACUUGGCUUUGCCUGUCAUUGCAGCGGGAAUAGAUUUCAUUGGAAUGAAAAUAGUUGGUGAACUGCUACGAAAAUCAGGUGCCUUUUUUAUGCGACGCACGUUUGGUGGAAACAAGCUGUACUGGGCAGUGUUUGCUGAAUAUGUCAAGUGUAUUUUAAAGAAUGGAUAUGCUCCUGUUGAGUUUUACCUUGAAGGUACUAGAAGCCGUACUGCAAAGACAUUGUCUCCAAAGUUUGGUCUUCUCAAUAUUGUGAUGGAUCCUUUUCUUAAAAAGGAGAUUUUUGAUAUAUAUCUUGUCCCCAUCAGUAUAAGUUAUGAGAGGGUGUUGGAAGAAUUGCUUUAUACAUAUGAACUUUUGGGAGUCCCUAAACCAAAAGAGUCUACAUCGGGACUCUUCAAAGCCAGAAAAAUUCUGAAUGAAGAUUUUGGAAGCAUACACGUGCAUUUUGGGCAGCCUGUAUCACUUAGAACAUUGGAAGCUGGGAGAAUAACUAAAUAUCCAUUUAACUUAGUUCCAAGGCAUAUUCCCCAAAAGCCAUCUGAAGAAAUACAGAAAUUUGUCAUGGAUGUAGCCUACAAAAUAGAGCUCUUACAAAUAGAAAAUAUGGUACUGAAUCCAUGGAUGUUGAUUUCUGCUAUCCUGCUUCAGAAUUUUCCAGCCAUAGAUUUUGAACUUCUGGUCGAAAAGACACUUUGGUUGAAAAAUUUAACUCAGCUAUUUGGCGGAUUCCUAGACUGGCCUGAUAAUCUUUGUGCCAGCGAAGCUGUAAAAUCUGCCUUGACGCUGCAUUCCAACAUUGCAAGCUUGACCAAUGGGCAAGUGAUCCUCAAUGACAAAGAAAUGGGAUUUGUUGCUACAGAGGACCCAGUGUUUAGGCGAGCCUUCUCCAGCCUCCUGUGUGGCUCCUAUAGGAAUCAGUUGCUUAAUGUCUUUGUGCGACCAGCUCUUGUAGCAAUUGCACUGCAAAACACACACAGUUCCAGAAAAGAGGAAGUCUAUAACCAUUUUUCAUUCUGGCGUGAUGUUUUUUCUGAAGAAUUUAUCUUCUUUCCUGGAAUAUCCCUGAAGGAUUUUGAAGAAGGUUGUUUCUUGCUUACAAAAUGUGGAGCCAUUCAAGACACACCACAGCAGAUUUUUGUCACAGAGAAAGGAAGUACAGUAAUUACUUUCUUGAGUGUGAUGUUUAAGCCAUUUGUAGAAGGUUAUCAGAUAAUCUGCAAAUACCUUUUUAAUGAAACAAAUGAAGCCUUUACUGAGAAGCAUUUUGUAUUUGGAGUCCGACGCCUUGCUUCCCAGCUUCUGGAGACAGGGAGCACGCAGUGUUAUGAGAUCCUGUCUUCGGAUAUGCAGAAAAAUGCUUUGGCUGCUUUUGUGCGACUAGGCAUGGUGGCCAGAAUGAAAACGAUGGAUGGAUUCACUUACAGAGUAAACAAAGAGUCUCUGACUAAGACUGCAGGAAUGUUUGAAUCUAGGAUACCUGUAAGGAACGCAGUGGCUGCAAGGCUUUAACUGGAGAAGGCUAGAAUGGCUUGUCUUACAUCCACUAUUAAUGGUGGAGCCCGGUUGGAAAUGAGGCGCAAGUGGGGAAAAUGUUAUUGAAGACUACAAAAUACCCUUUCCACCUUGACAUGUUUUUGCUACUACACAGUGGUGGGGAAGAAUUCCAGAAGUCAAACUGUUUACACCACCACUUAAGGAACUUUAUCAGCGUUAAUGCUUAGGAGUCUUUGUACAUUCAAAUUCCCUUCAGCAAAUAUCAUCUGACUCCCUCUUUCAGCCAGAUACUAAUAUUUGAUUAGUAAGGUGAUAUCUGAAAUGUUUGUCAUGAUAACAAAAUGAUUGUUUUUAUAUGUACUUUUGUGGCUGUGAAAAAAAAGUAAGCCAAGGUUAUAUAAAGUUGAAAGCAAUAUUUAAAGAAAAAUAUUAUUGCCAUUGUAUUUAUGAAGAGAUUAAUCUGUUUCAUGGAAAUUAAUUCCGACAAAAUGUUAAUGAUGUAACUGAUUUUAAAAAGGUGGUAUUUGCAUCUCUUGGAAUAUUAAAAACUAACACAGGAGGAA